AUGGCGGAGCUUUUUAAUAGUUAUUUUGUCAACAUCGCGGACGGCGUGCCAGAGAUUACUGAACAGAGUUAUGGAAUAGAGUUGGAUGCGCAUCCUAGCAUUCGGGCGAUUUUCAACAACAGUGAACAGCUCGCUGUGAGAAACAAAUUUGUUUUUCAAUAUACUAAUAAAACCCAAGUGGAAGCUUUGUUACUCAAAAUCAACUCCCGCAAAUCCUGUGGUCAUGACGUAAUACCACCGCGACAGGUAAAAGAGUCUGCCAACGCGAUUGCUGGUCCUAUUACUGCAAUAAUGAAUCACUCGAUCAGGACAGGACAGUAUCCGUCGCGCUGGAAAUUAGGUCAAGUUACUCCUUUAUUUAAAAAGGACGAUGAACUGAACAAAAAGCAGUUAUCGACCAGUGACCGUUCUACCUGCGCUCAAUAA